AUGGGGCUGGCCCAGAUCCCACCCCCAAAGCCCGGCUUCCACAUGGCUGAGCAGGAACUCCGGGCAGACCACACAAAGGAGGGCUUUGAGGCGGCUCCAGAGGACCCGGGCCGACCCCCUCAGCCCCCUGGCGCUCCUGCUGACAGGACCACGCCCCCGGCGGAGGUGACCGCCAGGGCUCCCCCAGGAUACAGGCACCAACCAGGUGGCCCCAAAGAGGAGCUGCGGGCCCAGCAGCGCCUCUCCACGCAGGCGGGCACCUUCCGCGAGGUCCCUGAAGAGGAACAGCAGCUGCGCGCCCAGCUGGAGCGGCUCACAACCAAGGACCACGGGCCUGUCUUUGGCCAGUGCAGCGAGCUGCCCCCACACACCUUGCAGAAGGCCAAGGACGAGCUGAACGAGAGGGAGGAGACGCGGGAAGAGGCGGUGCGGGCGCUGCAGGAGCUGGUGCGGGAGCAGGCGGCCUCCGGGCAGGAGCUGGCCUGCGCGGUGGCCGAGAAGGUGCGGGGGAGGGACAGCGCCUUCUUCCUGCGCUUCAUCCGCGCCCGCAAGUUCCACGUGGAGCGCGCCUACCAGCUGCUCAGAGGCUACGUGCACUUCCGGCUGCAGUACCCCGAGCUCUUCGACAGCCUGUCCCUGGAGGCCGUCCGCUGCACCGUCGAGGCCGGCUACCCCGGCGUCCUCUCCAGUCGGGACAAGUACGGCCGAGUGGUCAUGCUCUUCAACAUCGAGAACUGGGACUGCGAAGAAAUCACCUUUGACGAGAUCUUGCAGGCCUAUUGCUUCAUCCUGGAGAAGCUGCUGGAGAACGAGGAGACCCAGAUCAACGGCUUCUGCAUCGUGGAGAACUUCCGGGGCUUCACGCUGCAGCAGGCUGCGGGGCUGCGGGCCACCGACCUCAGGAAGAUGGUGGACAUGCUCCAGGUGAGGCCUCCGCGCCGGCCCGCGGCGGGGUG